UGACGUUAUUCUUUGUGGCGCUUAUGUUCACUUUAAUCGUGGUGGCCAUUAUUGGCAACGGAUUGAUUCUUUUCGCGAUCUCCUCCCGCAAAACGUUGCAAAAGCUGCCCAAUUUGUUCAUCGCGUCUUUGGCCUUUGCCGAUAUGUUUGUGGCCAUUUUCGUGAUGCCCUUUGCCCUCGUGAAUGAUUUUGGAAACUGGCCUUUCGAGAAGACGGUUUGCAUUCUGUGGAUCUCAACUGACGUUUUGUGUAGCACUGCCAGCAUCACGAAUCUCUGUGCUAUUUCUUUGGAACGAUACAUCCAUGUCAAGAAUCCUCUUCAGUACUUUAAAUGGAUCACAAAAUCGAAUGUACUCAUUUCGAUAGCUGGCAUUUGGAUCAGUUCCUGUUUGGUCUCGUGUGUUCCCGUGUUUAUGGAUAUUCAUUCAGGGAACAAUUUCAAGCAUUUCCAUCUGAAGAAUGGCACGUGUAGCCCAAGUUUUAGCUUUGAAUAUUCGGUCUUGUCUUCUUUGUUUUCGUUUUUUGCGCCUUGUUGUAUAAUGCUUUUGAUCUAUUAUCAUGUGUAUCAACUUGCCCAGCAUCACAUGGAGAGCAUAAGGCAUCUCAAUGAGCCACUUUUAAGAUUGAGGAAGAUCCAUCUGAACCAGAAGACAUGUCACUCCUCAGAACAGGUUCCAUCUGUGUUCCGGAAAUCCGGACGACGUGUUAUUAAGAGGUCUCGCUUUCUGAAGACCAUCUCGAAUUCACCUCAUGUUCAAGAGCACAAAGCCGCCAUUACAAUAGGAAUAUUGAUGGGUGUUUUCAUGCUUUGUUGGACGCCUUUCUUCAUUGUGAAUAUCUUGGCAGGAAUGUGUACCAAAUGCGUGUCAGAAACAACGUUUCAAGCUUUUUCUUGGUUGGGAUAUUCAAAUUCUGCGUUUAAUCCGAUUAUCUACUCUAUCUUUAACUCGGAAUUCAGAAGAGCUUUUGCGUCCAUUCUGUUCAGGAAAUAAAUCUCAUUAACAUAAUACUCACUGUAUAAAAAGGAAAUAACAACCCAAAAUGAAGCUUUCUUAUUUUUUUAUUUAU